AUUUUCUGGAUUUCCUUGUUUAUCAAUUUCCGAGAUCUGUUCCUGUUGCGCUUUGCCCUUCCCUUCCAUCGCGAAGAAUACGCCCUUGAUAGGUAAGGUGGCACCACUACGACCAUUCCUUAUCGGAGCCGAUGAUCAUUAUAUAAUACGGUUUCCCAAAGUCUAGUAGAGGAUUUACGAAUACUCGAAGGGUCGAAAUGGAAGGCCUAGUGGAUCCAGAGACGCUUUACAUGAAGCAGAAUUGCAUUGGUGGUGGAAGCUUCGGACGGGUGUACAAAGGUGUCGAUAAACGUAACGGAAAGUCAGUCGCGAUCAAGAUAAUCGAUGUCGAAAACGCCGAGGAUGAAGUUGAGGAUAUCAUCCAGGAAAUCGCUAUCCUGUCAGAACUCAACUCGCAGUACGUGACAAGAUAUCAUGGAUCAUACUUGAAGGGUUCCAGUCUUUGGAUUGUCAUGGAAUUCUGCUCUGGGGGUAGCUGCUCUGAUUUAAUGCGUCCGGGGCCUAUUCCAGAGGAAUAUAUUGUCAUCAUUAUCCGUGAACUCCUCAAGGGGUUGGAUUAUCUACACAGCGACAAAAAGCUACAUCGCGAUGUCAAAGCUGCUAACGUUCUUCUGUCAUCGGCCGGCCAAGUGAAGCUGGCAGACUUCGGAGUUUCCAGCCAACUGUCAGCUACCAUGACAAAGAAAAACACUUUUGUGGGAACCCCUUUUUGGAUGGCCCCCGAGGUAAUCAAGCAGUCAGGAUACGAUUACAAGGCUGAUAUUUGGUCCCUCGGGAUAACCGCAAUUGAGUUGGCCAACGGAGAACCUCCAUACUCAGACAUCCAUCCCAUGAAAGUCCUGUUCCUGAUUCCUAAGAAUCCUCCCCCUACGCUGCAAGGUGAAUACAGCAAACCCUUCAAGAAUUUUGUUGAGCUGUGUUUGCGGCGCGACCCGCGAGAGCGACCAACAGCCAAAGAGUUGCUCGAGCAUCCUUUCAUUAAGCGGGCGAAGAAGACCAAUUACCUAACAGAGCUGAUCGAGCGCUAUGAGCGCUGGCAGGCCGUGAGUGGGAAUAAGAAGGCCGAUGAGGACGAAUAUUUGGAUCAUGAGCCUCCAUCAGUUUCAACAACAACUGAGGAGGAGGAUGAUCUCUGGGAUUUUGGCACGGUUCGCCCAGUGGGCCGAGGACACGCUCUGAAUCCGAUGAAAAAGACGGAUCUUAAUGUUCGUGACCAGGGAACAAGGGACCGAGAUCCCAAAGCUGAUUUGACCCGAAAGGAGGUUCCCAAAUCGAAUAACGUUCCACCUCCUUCGUUUACACAAGCCAACAGCACGCCUUUGGUUUCACCCAAGCCGUCAUCGCCGACAAAAGUUCCAUUGCCCCCUUCCCCAGCGAAGUCGACGCAUUUUGACAACUUGCCCAAAACACCUUCACAUCUUCCCCAACCAACACAUCAGCAUCUUAAGGAAAGCCCAGGCACUGAAUACGACCGAGCUCUGCAGCAAUCUUUAGCGCAGGACUUGAGCUUCCUCCAACUGGACCGUUCGCCGGGAGCCCCAGUGUCGACUGUUGUAGAAAGAGAGACCCCUCUCUCAUCACCGUUGUCACAUCAAUCGCGCGCGUCGUCCUCGAUAGAGGCGCCAACUUCCCAUGGACUUAUGGCAGGGUCUCCCUCUCGGAGACCCACAGAACAGCAUGUUAGGGCUGGGAUGGAAUCACCACGCGUGCAGCCUCCAUUGUUUUCUCAGCCACAGCCGCAGCUGCGAUCCCAUUCACCUCCACGCCCUCCCCCAACACCGAAACAUACAUCCCCGCCGCCACAACCCCAACUCCAACCCCAAAAUCAUCCACAUCCGCCAUUACACAGUUCACCAUCCAAUCAAACCGCUCCGAGUAAUCAUCAAUUAAAUAAACCCGCCCCUUCAAACACACAGGUAACAGGGCAAACACGGGAAUCCCACGAUAUAACAGCCCUAAGCAGCGUCAUUGUUCCUGCUUUAAGAGAAGCCAUCCGCCGCCGUUCCCGAUGUUUAGAUCAUGCAACUCGUUCAGCGGUAGCCCACGAUGGCGAAAGCCUAAAAGCAUCGUUGGAGCUCCAGUCUCGCAGAGAACAUGCUCAAGAAAUGAUAGAAUCAUUAUCCAGCGACCUGCGAAGUGUUCUCACCAGGAUUGAUCGCUGGGACAAUGACGCCCCCGUUGGUAUGGGAGCUGGCAUUCCCUCCUUCCUCGAAGGAUUCCUUGAAGAGAUCCUUGUCAGGAUUGAGCCAGGUGAUGAAGAUUAGUUCAAACAGGCAUUGAACUGCGAUUUUAUUUCUUUUUCGUUUCGAUUUUUUGUUUUAGCGACCUUCCUUGCCAGUGCUGCCUUCUCCCUUUUCCCUAGUGCUCUUAGGAUACAUGUGGUGUCCUACUUGCUCUUUCUGCGGAGGCUCGAAAGUUCGAGUCCCCUCCGUUUUCUGUUCAUCUACACCGUGUUUCUGGAUCCUCUGGUUUGCUCCUUAAGAAAGCCAUCCAAUGCGUGCAGUUGUGAUGGGAGAGAAACCCGUUGCGACUUGUAUGUUGGCUUGGCAACUUAACGGCACAAAAGAGACGGGUUCGUAAAUUCGUUCAAGGGUUCUUUUGUUUCCACUCCUUAUUAUGUCUCUAUACACGGCUGGUCCUUUAGAUUUCUCAAUCUUAAGCAAGAUAUUUCACGGGGUCUAGGUUUUUCAUAGUAGGUUAUUGAUAACUGGCAUGGCAGAAG